ACCCGGGGAUGAUCCCCGGGGCUCACAGUAGACAUGAUAGAGUGAGGUAUAGAGCGUGCUGUGCUGUGCUAACUAAAUUCAAAUGAGUUAACUUAACUUAAACUAAUUGAACAUUCCUAUCAGCCAGGAAGUAACAGACACUCACCAAGGAUUAGAGACACCAACACAGAAGGAUGAUUUGAAUUUUUGGAAAGAAAACGCCGGAAUCACUAGAGAGUAGCACUCAGUCGGAAGCCGGAGCUCGAAUCCCUUUAGAGGAUGAUAUGAAAUGCAUUCAACGCGGCGAGGACAGUCUCUCAUCUGGUCAUCUGGAGACGUGCAAUUUCGAUCCCGGAUUACGAAUUAUCAAGGCAAAAGUGAAGUCCAGCAUGAAGAAUAAAAGUUACGAUGUUGAGGUGUUCUUCAAGUUCAAUUACGAAAUUGAUCAUUGUUCGUGCUCAUGCCCUAGAGGACAAUUUAUGUGCCACCACAUUGCUUGUGUGUUGAUACAUGCCCAUUAUAACAUUUCAACAACAGAUGUUCCAUGUAUGUGGGUUCCUCGAGCAAAUGAAGUUGAAGAUCCUUGCCAAAUAACCACUGAUGAGUUGUUUGAUCCAUUAGGAGGAAGCGUCCCCCAUCCUACUCAAAUUCAGAGUUUCCAAGACAACCUAUAGAAUGUUGGUAAUAACUGUGGUCUACUGUGGCUUAUGAAGGAGGCUCCAAAUUCUGCAUCAGAAGAACAAUUACUUGUAUCCAUAGAAGACCUGUUGCAGUAGGAUGAUUAUCGAGGCAGUAUCAAUAAAAUAGCUUAUAUUGAGAGCAUGGUUGCCAUCAGUGAUGACAAAAUUCUUGAAGUUGCUGAAAAAACGGAAGGUCAGGCACGAAGUCAGUUAUGAUUGAUAAGUAGGAAGAAUCGGCUAACUGCUUCCAAUUUUGGUGAAGUAUUGAAGGCAGUGCAGAGGCAGAGAUUUAGUCCAUCUCUCAUGAAAAAAUCUCAGGUAAGGUGUCCUUUGUGAUUUAGAUUUUCACAUUUUUCAUAUCAAAUGUUUGAAUAUUUCAAAAUUCAGGAAAUUGUGGAAAAUCUUUUAAUGAGUGAUUUCAGGUUUUCAAUCUUUUUUAUCCACAAUUUGCACCAAAAGAAUGCAUAAAUGAAUAAUGCACUUUUUCAUUUCUAGAUGGAUAUGAUUUAAAAUUUGUGAAACAAAUUCAGUGGGACCGACAAAAUGAGAUCAAUUAAAUGGCAAGAAAACAAUAAAAACAGGUUUAUGGCUGCACACAUGUGAAUUUUUAGGAGCUACGCCUGAUGGACUCAUAGACUGUGAUGGGGUAAUUGAGGUGAAAUGUCCAUAUUCACUUCGCAAUAGUAGUUUACGUGACAAUUUGAAAAAUAGUGAUAUUAUGUUCUUUCAUGAUGGAGAAUUCAUUGUAAACAAAGAACAUAAUUAUUAUCACCAAAUUCAAGGACAGCUCCACAUUACAAAUAGAGACUACUGCUACCUGAUAAUAUGGACAACUGUCGACACUGCAGUUAAGAAAAUUGUGAAGGAUAUAGACUGGGGGAAGAAUAUUGAUAUUCUGAAGCAUUUUUAUUUGAAUGAGUACAUCGAGUAUAUAACAUCACUAACAAGUGAUUGAUUGGAGCAA